AUGUCGUCCAAGUUGGUUAACGUCGCCGCAAAGGGCGUUCCUUUCUUCACGCCGGCCCAGUCUCCGCCAGCGGGCACUCCUCUGAGCCCCAGCUCAGCACCCACGCUUUUUAAGCCCCUGACGACCCGUGGCGUGGUAGCCCACAACCGUUUUGUCGUGUCGCCCAUGUGCACCUACUCAGCCUCCGAUGGACAUCUGUCAGACUGGCAUAUCGCGCACCUUGGUCAAUUCGCACUCGGUGGCGCUGGGACCGUAAUGGUGGAGGCAACUGCUGUCGAGCCAAGGGGUCGCAUUUCACCUGAGGAUUCAGGGCUCUGGCAGGAUUCGCAAAUUGCGCCACUAACAAGAAUCGUGGAUGUUGUCCACAGCCAGGGCAGUCUGGCAGGUAUCCAGAUAGGUCACGCCGGACGCAAGGCGAGCACCAUUGCCCCCUGGUUAGGGGGUACAACUGCCAAACCUCUGGCUGAUGAGUCUAUCGGCGGUUGGCCAACAGAUGUUGUGGGGGCUAGUCCCCUUCCCUACGCAGAUGACCACGCUCCUCCCAAGGAGCUCUCGGUCGAGGAGAUCAAGAACUUGGUGCAGAAGUUUGCUGCUUCCGCAUCGAGGGCGGUCAAGGCUGGGUUCGAUGUCAUUGAGCUCCACGGCGCGCACGGUUACCUGCACAACAAUUUCCUGUCACCCAUCUCCAACAUCCGGACCGAUCAAUACGGUGGCUCCUUUGAAAACCGCACUCGUUUCCUCGUAGAAACCAUACAAGCUGUUCGGGCUGUAAUCCCCGAGUCGAUGCCGCUGUGGCUGCGCAUCUCGGCCACAGAAUGGAUGGAUCAUAGCGAACAGCCGUCCUGGAACCUCGAAGAGUCGAUCCGUCUCGCCAAGCUACUACCAGGUCUGGGCAUCGAUGUGCUGGACGUGUCUUCGGCAGGCAAUACACCCCUUUCUCGCAUCCCAUCCCACAACCGAUACCAGACCGACCUCGCAGGAUCCAUCCGCGCUGCCGUUCGUGCUGAAGGGCUGCAGCUUCAGAUUGCGGCAGUCGGCAAGAUUACCGAAGCAGAAAUGGCACGCUCGCUUGUUGAGGAAGGGAAGCCGGUUGAAUGCAAUGGCGACGGCACAGUAGAGGUGGAUGGCGACCACGGAGUUGCACAGGCCGAGCUGAUAUUGGCUGCGAGGCAAUUCCUUAGGGACCCUCAGUGGGUUCUGAAUGUCGCCAAUGAGCUUGGCGUGAGAGUCAAGUGGCCGAAUCAAUAUGAGCGGGCGGCGAGGAGGCCCAGGCAGGACACUGAGAAGCUUUAG